GCGAAAUUGUAGAAAAAAAGUUGAUAUUUUUUCAAGAAAAACUGCUAAUUUCUCCUUUUGUGAGGAUAUCCUCGUCAGUUAGACAAGCUCUUGAUCAAGUUCAUAAAUGUUGCAUUAGAAAUUGACUCGGAAUAAUGAUGGACAAUGGCUAAUUGUGUCGUCUGCCAUGGUCCGUUGUAAGAUCAAAGAAAAUAACAUUACAACUGCAGUAAAAUGGCUCAGCAUCCUGACUGGUUAGAAGGGUGCGGUUCAAGCAGAUAUGGAAGCCAAGUUGAUUGUGACAAUGAUGUUUUGAAUUUGGUCAAGGCGGAGGGAGCAUCAAGUGCUUCUAAACCUUCAUAUUCAACUGAUGACUUUACAGCUUUAUCUAAAUCCUUGGCUGAAGCAACUUCUUAUUAUUCCCAGCAUCAGGAUGUGUACCCAGGAUAUUAUUCUAUGCCUAGUUCUGAUAUCAGAGGUGUCCCGGGUCCGUCUUCACCAGCAGCCCUGGGAGUCGAUAAACCUAGUCACACAGAUAGUGACCACAGCAGCCAGGAAGCUUACAUGCAUCGCCAAAUGCUUGAUGAACAAAGCUUUAUGGAGCCUCAAUUUUCAUCACCAUACCAUCUGUUACCAUUCCAGCACCAGCCAGGAAAUAUAAACGACACUCGUCACAAUGUUUACAAUUACCGGGACAAUCAUGUAACCAAUCAUGUAACCAUGGUAACAGGCGCUGCCAAUUUGACUGCGGAUUCAUACCAGAAUCUGCAGUCAAACAGGAAAAGGGACAGUAUUGCUGGGAAUGAGAGCUCCUGUGAUGGUACUGCCUUGUCAUCCCUUAUAAAACAAGAACUGCAUGAUAGCCAGAACUGCAGGAAACAUCCUGCGCCCCUGACUGGGAUUAAGAGGGAGUACGAGGAUGACUCUGUUAUGAAUGAUCAUGGCAUUGCGAUGAAAUGGGCAGCAGCUUUCGGUCAUCAUGAGAUGUACCAAAGAGAUUAUCCUGGUAACGCCGCAGUUAGUCCAUAUAGUCAUCAAGAAAGCUACCAAGCAUAUGGCAUCCCUCAGGCGCACCAAGGCCAGUGGUCUCAGCACCAACACCAGUGGGAACAUCAACAAGUGCCUUACCCUGAUCAAAAGUCUGUGUCACCUCAACGCAAAUACAAGAAACGGACUAACACUAUUGAUCCAAAUGCAGAGCGUAUCCGUCAAGAGAAUAUGAUGAUUGAGAAGUAUGUUCGAACGUUUGAUUCGGUGGGUUCAAUUUCGGACACCUUCCUCCAUAUUGAGAAUCAGUUAAAUGUUGUUCUUGAUCAGAUUCAGUUUGUCGAACCUGUUACCCAUACGUAUAACCCCACGCGCUACGCGCACGAACCUCAUGAGGAUUAUGUCCGGAAGUACUGCAACUCGAGGAAGGAGAUACUGUUCAUUGGAAUGAAUCCAGGACCAUUCGGGAUGGCACAGAAUGGGGUGCCAUUCGGUGAAAUCAAUCUUGUGAAAGACUGGCUUAAAGUCGAAGGACGGGUUGAAAAACCAGCGAAAGAGCAUCCACAGCGGCCUAUCUUGGGGUUUGACUGUACCAGGAGUGAGGUGAGCGGGUCCAGAUUCUGGGGAAUGUUCCGACGAAUCUGUGGCACUGCCGACGAGUUCUUCCGGCACAGUUUCGUGCACAACUACUGCCCUCUUGCCCUCAUGUCAAAGACGGGAAAGAAUAUCACACCGCCACAACUCGCAAAGGCCCACGCAGGAAUUCUCACCGAGUCAUGUGAUCAGGCACUCUGCGAUGUCGUCAAACUCCUUGGCGUCCGUGUCUUAAUUGGAAUCGGGAAAUAUGCGCAGGAACGCGCACGGUUGGCGUUAAGAACUUACGAACCCGACCUGCAGGUUGACGUUCAGACUUUGUUGCAUCCCAGUCCCAUUAACCCAUCGGCAAACAAGGGAUGGGAGCCAGUCGCUGAGAAGCAGCUUCAGGACAUGGGGGUGUAUCACAUGAUUGCGUCAGACAAUCGGGCGACUGACAAUCAGGUGACGUUCACUGAGCUAUCGGAUCGGCCAUCCUCGGGCACUGCGGUGGACAACCAUGUGGGAGCACAUGACGAUCAUGUUUCGUUAGACCAACAUGAUACGCAGAAGUCUUCAACUGGUUUGCCAUUUUUUGCCGGGCGACCGACUGAAGUGUGUAAAUCACCUUUUGAUGAUGCAUGAUAUAAUAGGUUUUCAUUCUUAUUCAAAGAUUUUACAAAAUAGUCUUACACUUAUGAUGGUUAUUCUGUGUUUGUUUAUUUUUGUUUUGUUUUUGUGUCAUUUUGAUCAACUUGAUCAUAAAAAAGUGACAUUAAUGCACCUUGCACCUAGAUCUUGAGGAUCAUCUCAAAACUGCUUGAUGUCAUGAAAGACAUCGGCCUUUUUUCCUCGUACAGAGGGGAAGAGGGUUCAGAGAGAAAUUUCAUCUCUCAUGGCAUCAAGCUACUUUGAGGUGAUCCUUUGUUGACAUUUGAGUUUGGGACUCAAUAAGGUUUAUGUUAAGUGCUGAGAUUUUAUGCUUACAAAUAUGUAACAUAAACUAAGCUUUUAUCUUUUUAUAGAGUUUUAUACAGAUAUCUAUGUAUACCCUUCUUUAUGUGCAUUUUCUUUUGACUGA